AUGACAAUGUAUCCAAUUAAGUACACAGACCACAGUAAACUAGAAAAUCUAUUAAAAGAAGAUCAGAAUGUUCAAGAUUUUGUGGAUAUAAAUUCAUUUUAUUGUAAAGGUUUAUUUGAAUCACAGUUUUCAGUUUAUUUUUUAAAAAAUGAAGAGUACCAAGGAAAAGAUAUCAGUUUCAUCCAAUCAUUUUUUUAUAAAGAUGAAACUAUUGAAAAUAAUAAAAAUCAAUAUUUAUCAUUUCCUUGUAUCGAAUCACAAUUAAAAAAUAUAAUUCAAAUUUAUGGAGAACCAAUAAAUAAAAAUGAAUGGAAAAUAGAUUCAAAACAUUUUGAAGUAGGGAAAAACAUUAAAACUUGGAAAUUAAAAAUAGAAACCAUUGUAAAUAGAAUAAAAAAAGAACUUGGAAUUUAUAACCAAACUUCAGUCAGAGCACAGGUAGAAUCAAUGAUAAUAAGCACAAAGGAUAACUUUCAAUCACCUCAAAUAAUUUCAAAUGAUAUACCAGACUUAUUUAGUAUUUUAUAUUUAGUUUUACCAUGUGAUCAUAAAGGUGGCGAAAUAAUUAUCGAAUCAAUAAAACAAGGAAAUGAAUGGGUAAAAAAACUAAUUCCAUUGGAGAAUCAUAAUCCUGCAGAUAUCAAGUUCAUUGCAUUAUCAAAAGACUCUCUUUAUCAAUUUAAACCAAUAACUGAAGGCUACAGGGUUAUAUUAAAGUAUGGUUUAUAUAAAACGAAAAAGAGAACUUUCGAAGAAAAUGAAGAGGAAACACAAGAACCAAACAAAAGACAAAAUACUCAGACUGAUGAUUAUUCAGAUGAAGCCUAUCAAGAUGAGGAAAAUAACAGAAGCAGUACAACUCAUAUAAAUUCCAAAAGCAACUAUAAAAUUAUUGCUGGUGAUGAAUGUAAAGAAAAAAUUAGAAGUGUACUAAAACAUGUCCAUUCUAUUUUAGAUGAAAUUGACAACUCACUUAAUAAUAUAAAAUCUAACUAUUUAAUGUAUGCACUUUCAAAUUAUUACAACUCAUUUUCAGAUUUUGAUGAAAGUCAUAAAGCAAUACUAAAUAAUCUUUUAGCAGCUCGACAUGCAGAACAAAAAAUAAAGAAAUUCAAUAUUUACAUUGGUGAUUUAAUUAUCAAGGUGGAACAUUCAGGUAUUUUUCGAAACAAUAGAGGGGCAACCAAAACAUUCAUCUCUACAAAAGUAGAAAGUGUUAAAAACUCAAUCAUCAAUUUAAAAGAUUUAAAUGGUAAUCCUGUAGAGAAAAUAGUUAGUGUAUCAAGAGAAUUAAAAGAACUGUUCCCAAAAAACUGCUUAUUUGGACUGAAACCUCAUGAAAAGAAAGAUGAAUUGGAAGAAAAAAGACAAACUUUAACUUUCAAGAAAAAAAUAAUAUUAUUAGUACAACCACAAUAA